AUGGCUUCCUCCAACUUUGCCUCCUCUCUAUGUCUGCUAAUCUUUUCUCUCCUUCUCCACAGUGUUUUUGGAGCUGACCCACUUUUCCAUUUCUGUUCAACUCCUGAGAACUUCACUGCCAAUGGCCCUUACGAAUCCAACCUAAACAAGCUUACUGGUUACCUCUACUAUCAGGCCCCGCCUACAGGUUUUGGUCAGGGUUCAAUAGGCCGGUACCCGGACCAAACAUAUGGGCUUGCUCUUUGUAGAGGUGAUGUCUCAACCUCAGAUUGCAAAACCUGUGUUGUUGAGGCAAGCAGCGAGAUUCGCAAGCGCUGUCCAUACAACAAAGCAGCCAUCAUUUGGUAUGACAACUGCCUUUUGAAAUACACAAACAAUGAAUUCUUUGGCCAAAUUGAUAAUAGAAACAAGUUCUAUAUGUGGAACGUGCGAGUUGUAAGUGAGCCAGUUCCAUUCAAUGGAAAGACCAAAGAGCUUCUGAGCCAACUUGCAAAUAAAGCUCAUGCGACCCCCAAGUUGUACGCAACAGGAGAGUCGGAGCUAGGAAAAUCAACCAAGCUCUAUGGUUUGGUUCAGUGCACUAGGGAUCUUUCUAGUGCUGUUUGUAAGAAGUGCCUUGAUGGUAUAAUUGGGGAACUUCCAAGCUGCUGUGACGGGAAAGAAGGUGGCAGAGUUGUCAGUGGGAGUUGCAAUUUUAGAUAUGAAAUAUACCCUUUUGUCAAUGUUUAA